AAGUCUAGAAGAAAAUGCGUGCGUACGCAAUACGAUUAACAAGCAAACACUGCUGCGUAAAUCAUGUCAGAUUUGAUUUCGGCAUUGUUUAGUAGACAAACUCGAGAUAUUGACUUAUUUUAUUUAAAUUUCACGUGCUAAAUUCCGAAAAGUAAUAAUUUAACAAUUUGUCUGAAACUUUUUCAUUAAACGCUGCAUCCUGAGCUAGUGGCGAAGUGUUGGUUGCUUCGCGUAAUUCGCGGUGCACAGUGAUUGAUUGACAAAAUGUCGAAACGGGACACAGCGUCUCUAAGGGAAUAUGCUGCAGCCGAGGAGCGUUUGCUUGACAUUUUUUCGCCGCCCUCCGGCCAAGAAGAGGCAACGAGCCCAGAGUUUGCCCAUACUGUAGAAACGACUUCUGCAUUGCAUCAACAGAAUCACAAUGUGGUCGAGGUAGAUCCGUCAAGGGACAACAUGCUGCAGUUCAUAUCGGAUGAUUCCGAAAUACGCAGUCUGCUAGCUAGUUCUGAAAGCAACGGCUUUAAGGGCUUUGAAGAUGAGUUGCAAGACUACAGCGACACAGUUGGUGAUACGCGAGAGUCGAGGACGCAUCCUCUCAUUUUCGGCAUGUGCCGUAACCCCAAUAACUUCAUAAGCUGCCCAACACCGAAACGUGCAUUUCUCAGUCCACAGAUUGCAAGUACACCAAUUGCACUGCUGCAGACAGCCACUUCUCCUGGCUAUAUGCUUACAAACGGCAAUAUCAAUGGCACCGAUCAAUCAGAACAGCCGCUCGAGGAGCAGGUGGCAAUGGAGUGCCAAAAUGUUAUUCAACAGUCGCACACAGAAUGCGUCAUAUAUGAGAAUAAUGUGGUGUUGUUGACGGAUGAGCACUGUUGCGAGAUAAUCGUGGCUGCCCACGGCGUGCAUACGGAUCAGGAAAUGGAGCGUGCCUAUUUGAUGGGGUUGCAACCCGUUGCUAAUGAGCAGGAGCAGCUGAACAAUGGCGUCAGUUACAGUAGCGAAUUGUGCCCAGCUGAGGAGGACGAAGAGGCCAGUGCCGAGCCUCAUGUUUAUCUCAGUGAUGCUGCACUAGAUCGGCAAUAUCAACAGCAGCAGUUACUGCUCGAUGCAGCCGAAGAGGAUGCCAAUCAAGUUAGUGACUCGUUUGUGGACGAUAGACCGGACAUUUGCGAGGUGUACGACCACGAGCUGGAGGAUCAGGACGAUGACUGUGCAGUAAAUGACCACGAGGAGAGCAGCUUGCAGCUGCAACUGCAGCAGAUUGUCAUGGAGCAGCAGCAGCUCACCAUUCCUAACGAUGUUGAGGAGCCGCAGCAAUCCAUCCAUGCCAGCAACUUAGCGAAUCAGCAGGGAAAACAAGCUACUGCUGCUGCAGCUGCAGCUGCGGCGACGGCUGCAAUACCACACAGUAGCACCACAGAGUUUCCAGUAAGUUCCACUUCCAUGCCAAAUGGCAGCGACUACGAUGACUACGACGAUGAACUGGGCACAGCUGAGAUGCAAUCGCCGCCUCUGCAGCGGAAAUAUAUGCCCCUGCUAAAGAAUACGCUAUCCGCGGAAGCCGUGGAUCGUCGGUUGGCAAACAUAUGUCAGUCGCAGCCGCAGAUGAGCCUUAGCGAAAAGAUGGCAAAUUGGAAUUGUGCACACAGCUGCGAGGCCGUCGAGGAUGUGGAAAACUUUGAGACUGUAUUUGAACAGCACGAAGCUGAACCUGCCAAACGGCCCAAAUUUAGUGAAUUCUGCGAAAUUUUGCGGCAAGACUAUACUAAAAUCACGCAGGAAAUACAAGCACGUUCUGUGGGCGAUGCAGUAGAUGCAGCCGUAGCACCGGAUACGCCAUACUCCAGCGAAGAUGCAGCCAGGCAAAAAAGACCAUGCUAUAGACGCUUACUGCACACAGUGCCGCCCCAACAGACCGAGGUCAUUGUGCUAGACGAUGAUGACGAUGACGACGAUGAUUGCUAUGAGGUAACGGUUAAUCCAUCUACAACAACACUGGUGCCAAGGGUAAACAAAAAGUUCGAGCGAAAGGAACCUGUACUCAAGACAACACAGACCCAAACCAUUUUGCCACUUCCGUUGGAAACAAAGGAAACCUCUACCACUGACCUGGGCAAUCGUAUAGUACCCUCUGUGCAACAAGACUGCAACAAAUUCUCAAAAUUCGCACAGGAACUAACCCAGCCUCAAGUGGCCACUAAACAGCAGAAAUUGGAAGAGCAAGGCAAGGAGGUCGAGAGCCAGAAACUUCGAGUGAUUCAACAACAGCAGCAGGAAGAACGUCAGCCAGCAGGGCGUGCGAGCAGUGUGGAAUGCAACAAUGAUGCACAGUUCUCUGAGCAGCAUGAGUUUUGCAACUAUCUGGGCCUCACAGAGCUGGCAACGGCCAAUGCCGUGGCCACCGCGAUGCGGGAGCUGGCCAACAGUACCGUCGCGCGUCGCUCGCUGCGAGUGCGAACUCAACAGCAGCUGGACCGAAUGCGCAGUGACGUUCGUGGCAAGCGAAAGGAGCGGCAGCAGCAACAGCAAAAUCAACAGCAACGGGAGAAGCAGCCGCAAGAUAAGACUGGUCAGCGUUUAAAUAGCGAUAGCAACAGCAGCAGCAGUAACAACAGCAAUGUAAGCAGCGCCAAAAAGACUGCUUUAAGCGGAAACUCAGCAGUGCCAGCAGCUAGCAGCUCGUUUGUAUAUCCCAGGCCCUCCGCAAUGAACUCUGACCUAGUUUCGUCCCCAACUAUUGAGUACUACUAUCCUGCUCAGUGUGGUGAGCAGCAGAACCAGCAUAGCAAUUCCUUGAUGGUAGCCAGCGAUUUUCACACAAUGUCCUUAGAGGCGGCAUUCGCGAAGGUCUAUGCCGCCGCAGCGCCCGCCCAAAAUGAGCUACACGAGUGUAUGCAGAGUCGACUGCGCCAGGCGCGCGAAACCAAGCCUUCUAUCUAUAUAGUAAAGUCCUUGAAUAAUGAACCCGCGCCGACAAUAGUACCCGGCAGUCACAGCUCGGCGCACGCCUCGCCCGAGCGCCUACAGUACAAUAAAAAACCCGAGCAAGCCGGUGCGGCCAAGAUGUCGCGCAAGUCGCCCAAAAAAUUAACACCGAAAGCCUCGAAACGUCGUCGGACCACCGUCGGUGUCGCCUCUGCGACUGCGCCGCAUGAACGCGAGCUGGUCACGCGAUCGACCACACACAUGAACUCGAAAUUGCUGCGCAAUCGUAAGGUCAACUUGCUCAAGAGCUACGAGCUGUCGGAUGCGAUGGCACAGGGACGUGGCAAGCAGCGCCUAAGCGGCGGCUCGACUCCUGCUAACAAACGCCUUAAUACGCCUAAAGUGGUUAAGAAAAGUUUAAAGAAGAUGCCAACGCCAACCGAGCAAGUUGUGAUUAGUCAUGCAUCCUCACAGCAGCAUCGUUCCGAUCAGCAGCAACCAUCUCCGAAGCCCAAGAAGACGCGCGCACAGCCAGAAGAACAAAAAGUGGUGGUCAAGCGGAAGCGUUUGCGUGCCAAAUCGUUGCCCACGGCACUAAAUAUUCAACAAAAGCAGCCAACGGGAGUUGGGGACACUAACAUGGUCGCAGCCACGCCUGAUUUGAACCACAACCAGCAACAGCAGACAAAGCUAUUGAUGGACACACAGGAGUUUUUAACAAAUCAUGCUGUGGUCUGUCCGCCUUUAUACAAUGCAGCAGUGCGUCGUUAUGUCAAUGCAGUUUGCAAUCCCAAGGAACAGCAAUCUCCGGAACAGCAGCAGCAGCAGCAGCAGCAGCAACAUCAGCAGCAACAACAACAACAGCAGCAACAACAACAGCAUCAGCAACAACAACAACAGUCGCAGCCACAGCUGCCCGAGGGAUUCUAUGAUAUGUCGUUAUCCUAUGCGCAGCUUGCCAAGCCUUCAUUAAUGUAUCCACCAUUAUCACCGCCGCCUUCGCAGCGAGUGCCCCACUUUUCUCGACGAACACGCCAGGUGGCCGGCACGAGCGACGUGGAAGAACUUCCAGUGCCCAACAUUCAGAUAACGCCACCAGGUGGCCUUUUGUCCCUUACUAAGGGAUCAACAGUGUUACGCAACCCGCUGGCGGGCAAGAAUGGCAAGGUGCUGUAUAUAUACUAUGAGCUGGACCAGCUGAUAGUGCUGCAGGAGAAGCUGGUCUCCUUUUGGAAGUACUCCAAAGUUUUCAAUGUACUGCAGAAGGCGACAACUGAAGAUAACCAUGCCACAGGGACCCAACAGCAUGCAUUUAACAUAUUCGGCACAAACUCAAAUCAAAAUACAAAAAGAGGCUCUGCGGACUCGGACAAAUCAGACGAGAGCAAUAACCAGCGAUGGAUAUAUUUAGGUGGAACGCGCCGCAUUACAAAUGAUAUUGAAAUUGUGACGCCGCACGGCAAUCGUCUGUGCGCACACAACUCGACGCCCGUUUACAUCGAGAUGCGUAGUCAUCCGCUGGAUCAUCAUAAGCGUGAGAGCAAACUUUUGUCGUUGUACGUGAAUGUGUACUAUUAUUGUGAGGAGGAGCUGCGGCCCAAGAUGCAUUCAGUACAUCUCGAUGCUGUCAAUUGUGAAUGGGACCAGGUUAUCUACACGAGCAUAGCAGAAUCGCGUUACUUUGUUAUGGCAUGGCAGCAGGAGCUGGUUGUGGGCAAGCCCAGGGCUGGUAUUUGCAAGUACUCGCUGACGCCUACACUCGAUACCCUAGCAAGCAUUAGAGAGUUCAAACAGCUGCGCCAUGAGCUAAGACACAUUGAGUGCCUAACGGAGGAUCGCUUGAUUGGCUAUGGCGACACGCGCAUAACCAUUUGGGACCAUCGCAGCGGUGACACGUUAAUGAACUAUGAUUUCGGGUUUAACUUAGGCCACAAUCUGGGGGUAAUGCAUUUUCCCAGCUUUGACAUCGAUCAGAGCAGCAUGCUCGUUUUGUAUCAACAUGUCAAGGAAAUGAACAAAUGGCCCGAGUUGCGUAUCAUUGCCUGCGAGUUGUCGCAUGCCACACCAACACAUCGCGUGCUGCACGUGCACCGUCUGCCUUCUCCGCAUUUUGACUGUCAAUUGGUGGCCAUCAAUACGGGCGAUCAUCUGAUACUGAAAUCGCCGAAGGACGAUGAAAUCUGGAUUAACACUGCGGAUCCGAGACAGCUCACAUAUUUGGCCCCCCAAGGCAAUCGCCGUUUCUAUACACGACAAAAGUCUCAGAUCAUUACAAUGACGCCGAACACACUUAUCGUGGACAGCAUUGCUAAUCAUGUGCUGAAACUCGCCACAGCGCAUCAGGAGAAGAUGAUGUUAGCGGCUAUGGAGGUGAUGGCGACAUCUGGCUCACAAAUGCCCGUUUCCGUGUAGAGUACAUAAAAAAUCCAACACCAACAAACAAAAAAAUACAAAAUUUUAAAUGUAACAUUUGCAAGUGAAUAUAGUUUUAAGUUAUUUUAAUGAAUCCUUUAAUGCUUACCAAAAUUUGUUCGUAACUCCUUACCAUCUAAUUCUAAAUAUAACUGUAAAUUCACAGAUGCUUUUGAA